AUGCCAGCUGCGGUACCCCCUUCCGGAAUUUACGUGCCUGCUGUCUUGUUCUUCAAAGAGAAUGAGGACUUUGACGUCCCUGCUAUAAAGUCUCAUGUUUUACGGCUCGCUCAGGGAGGCGUUACAGGUAUCGUCGUGCAGGGAAGCAAUGGAGAGGCUCAACACUUGUCGCACGACGAGCGUAAAGAGGCAAUCAGCCUUACUCGCAAGACGUUGGAUGAAAAUGGCUUCCAGAAUGUUGUUAUCAUUGCAGGCUGCGGUGCUCAAUCUGCACGAGAGACGAAGAAGCUCUGCGCAGAUGCGAAGGAUGCUGGUGCUGCCUUUGUACUCGUGUUGACACCUUCCGUCUGGCCUGGAGACAUGACGAAAGAGAACAUCAUUCGUUACCACCGUGAAGUUGCAGAUUAUUCACCUUUGCCAUACAUGGUGUACAACUUCCCAACCGUCACUGCCGGCAUUGACCUGGACUCCGAUAUCAUCCUCACACUCUCAGAGCACCCUAACAUUGUGGGCACUAAGUUAUCUUGCGGAAACGUUGGAAAGCUCCACCGAAUCACUUCUGUCAAGCCGCCUUCCGAAUUCUGCACUCUCGCUGGUGUAUCAGAGGUGCUCUUGCAAGGACUCCUCUCCGGAAGUGCUGGCGCAAUUGCUGCGCUCCCGAACCUCGUGCCUAAGCUACACAUGAAGAUGUACGCACUUUAUCAGGCAGGAAAGAUCGACGAGGCCAUGAAAAUCCAGGCUCAGCUAGGUCAGGGAGAUUGGGCAACGCGCAAGGCUGGAGGAGUUGGUGCUAUGAAGACAUUGAUAUCGAAGCAUUUCGGAUAUGGAGAAAUUCACGUUCGACGGCCGCUCAUGGCUGUUCCACAACUUAGCGGUACGUAUGUCGAUAAACUGGAGGAGCUGAUUGCCAGUGAGAAGAUGCUGUAG